AUGUCUCAAUCGCCAUACAACCUCGUCGUCCUGAUCUCCGGCAACGGCUCCAACCUGCAAGCCCUCAUCGACGCCAGUGGCACCCCCGCCCUCCCAAACACCCGUAUAACUCACGUAAUAUCAAACCGCAAAGCCGCCUACGGCCUCGAGCGCGCCGCCAAAGCUUCCAUCCCCACUACCUACCACAACCUCGUCCCCUUCAAGCGGAAACACCCCCAAACCGAGGCCGGCACCACCGCCGCCCGCACCGAGUACGACGCCAGCCUCGCGGCCCUCAUCCUUGGUCUCGAACCCAGGCCCGACGUCAUCGUGUGCGCUGGGUGGAUGCACAUUCUGACGCCGGACUUCCUGAACCCAAUCGCCGCCGCGGGGGUCAAGGUUAUAAAUCUGCAUCCCGCGCUCCCGGGGGAAUUUGCGGGCGCGGGCGCGAUUGAACGCGCGUGGGAGGCCGGGCGGAGCGAGGGGUUGAAGCGGACAGGGGUCAUGAUUCAUGAGGUUAUUGCAGAGGUGGAUGCGGGCGAGGCGAUUGUCACGCGGGAGGUGGAGUUGAGGGAGGGGGAGAGUUUGGAUGAAUUGGAGACUAGGAUACAUGAGGUCGAGCAUGGGUUGAUUGUGGAGGGCACGAGGAGGACGUUGGAGGGGAUAAAGAAGUAA